UUUUCAAAUUUUCAAAUAAUUGUUUUAUUCUGUGAAAUAAGUAUUUCUAGAUGAAUUUUUAAUUUUUAAUCCGUGUUUGGUGGUUCUAAUUAGUAAUUUUUAAGUGUACAAUAUAUAUAUAAUUUUUAUCUUCUGUUUUAAGAUUCAUUACACAACUUUUUUUUGAUGGAACUGGACCAAGUUGUAGUUUUACAUCAUCUUAAAGAGUUAGGGUAUGAAAAUAUUGAAUCUCAUUUACUUCAGAAAUUCAUGAAAGAUUUGAAAAAACUUAUCAAGUAUGAAAAACAAAAAACUCUAGUUGAAGAAAAAAGAAAUUUUAAUGAUGAUUUAAAUAGAAAAAAAAAAUUAUUAGAAGACAAACAAGAUAUUCCACCUAAUAACAACUGUAAAAGUGUGUGCUGUAAUAAAAAAAGAAAUGAAGUUUUUGAAAGGUUGUCACGGCCAAGUUUGAAAACAAAAAUAUGUUCUAAAGCUACAUCAACAAUAGGUAUUCAAACAGAUUUACAGAAUAAAAAAACAAGAGAAAACAAAUAUUCUCAGAUUUUAAAAAGGAAACAAAUGGAUCCAGUGUCAUUACAUCAGUAUUACCAAACUGAGUGGCAGAAUCAUAAAGUGCCAGGUGAAAAAAAUCACAAUGAUUUACGAUGGCAAAUUAGACGGGCUAUGAUACAUAAAUAAUUUUUUUUUUCAUUUUAUGUUAAGACAUUUCCAGAUACUUGACUUUAAUUUUUAUUUAUAUAUUAAUAUGUUUAAAUAUCAAAAUUUUCAAAAUAUAAAUUUUUUUUAAAUUACAAUUUACCUCAAAUUCAUUAUAUUAAAUACUUAUUGACAUGCUAUUUUUUUUAUAAUUAUUAAACGAAUAUUUUAUAAUAUAAUAUAUUAUAU